AUCCCAAAGCAGAAAGAAGCAGCAGACUCUGAACCAGCCUGAGACCCUUCACACCUCACCAUGAUCUGCGUUCUGCUCUUAACACUGUUUGCUGUGGUGUCAGCUGACCGGGUGCCCCGCAGCUGCGGCACCUGCGACCCGAGUAAGUGCGCUCCGCUACCGGCCGAGGGCUGCUCCUCCGGGACGCUGCUGGACGCGUGCGGCUGCUGCGAGCUCUGCGCGUCUGGUGCUGGAGAUCCGUGCGGGGGACGUGGAGCCUCAGCCAAGCGCUGCGCGUCCGGACUCGAGUGCGUCAAGAGCGACAAAGACAAGAAGAGCAAAUCAGGGGUCUGCGUCUGCAAGAGCAACUAUCCCGUGUGCGGCACUGACGGCGUGAACUACAACAGCGGCUGUGAGCUGAAAGCAGCGAGUGUCACAGCAGUGAAGGACAAAAAACCCGAAAUUAAGAUUCGGAACAAGGGCAAAUGCGCUGAAGCACCAGUUAUUGUAACAGCUCCAGGAGAGGUCUGGAACAUUACUGGCUCGCAGGUCUUCCUGAGCUGUGAAGCCACCGGGAUACCAACACCUGUGCUCACCUGGAGAAAAGUAUCUAAUAGCAAAGACAAAACUCUUCCUCUCCCUGGAGACAAAGACAACCUGGCUGUCCAGACCCGUGGAGGUCCUGAAAAGCAUGAGGUUACCGGAUGGGUGCUAAUAUCUCCACUUACCAAGGAUGAGGACGGCUUCUACGAGUGUCAUGCCAGCAACAUCCAGGGUGAAGCAUCGGCCGUGGGCACCAUUCAUGUGGUGGAUUCCAUCAAUGACAUUCCACACAAGAAGGCCAACUAGAAAACUAAGACGUCUUUGUCAUUGGUGCCUCUUGUCUGUUUGUAUGCAGGGAAGGAUGAUGAGCUGUAAGAGGACGUGGCCUCCGACUGAGAUGUUGAAACACUACGCCUGUGCAUUAAUGACAAGCAUCUAGUGCAAUCACUGCUCACACGCUCCACCUGAACCACAAACAGCAACUUACACACGGACACUUUAUUCUGUAGAAGUUCUGAGAUACUCACAAAAACACAAACUCCAACAUUUCUCCAUUCCUACACUUUACCUCACUCUACAACGUGUCAGCCUGCAGAACAACUUUGAUACUGUAAAGCGCAAACCAAGACAACCAUCAUAUUGAUUUUUGAAGUUACGCACAUUCCGAGAACACGAACAUUCAGACACGCACACUUCAUACGGCACAUAAUAUCAUUCACACUUGCAUGCACGUGAAAGCACUCAAAUAUCUCUUCUCCGCUUAUAUGUAUGUUUUACUUCUCUUUGUGAUUUUUCAAGAUGUUUUAAUGAUACAAAUUUUACUCAUUCCUUUAGUUUUCUUUCAUUUUGGUUGAUGUCUAUGGUGCUGAAAAACAAUUAUUUUUUGAAACUAUUUGUGCACAGUUUCUAAGACUUUUAGAUGCUGUUCCUCCAAGGUUCAGUUAAAACUUUAAGACUACUUCAUCUAAAUCAGGGUUUCUCAAAUGUUUUAGUAUGAUGCACCAAAAAUCAUAUUUAAUUGAGAACCAUGGGCCUAGAGUAAAUGUUACAUUAUAUCAAACUAAAAAUCAGAUUUUAACCAAAUUAAAAAUAUAAAUGAUUUUCUCCCCUCAACUUUUCCAUGUGUAUUAACAUGUGACAGCAAGCCAACAAUUUUUUUUUUUUUAAUUAAUGCCAUGACAAGUCACAACUAGUGUAGUUCAGAAGAGCCCGAGUUCAAUUUUCUAGGUGUUAAAAUUCCGUUGGUUCCCAAAUUACAGUAGAAUUAAGUGUUGUCUUUAAGUCUGAGCAUCUAAUGCAUCCGUUUAUGUUUUGAUAUUUGUAUAACACUAAUGAAUAAAGAUGUACUUGAAGAGG